CAUGCCGGCGGCCCUCCAGAGGGUCGAGAGAGCGGCCAAACUGCUCGAAGAGGCGUCAGCUCUCCUUAAGGACGAUCCCUAUUCACAACCCGCCAGAAAGAAACUCAUUGAAGGCGCCAGAGGUAUACUUCAGGGAACGUCUUCUCUGUUGUUGUGUUUCGAUGAAUCGGAAGUGAGAAAAAUCGUAAGAGAAUGUAAAAAAGUAUUGGACUAUUUGGCGGUCGCGGAAGUGAUCGAAACAAUGGAAGAUUUAGUCCAAUUUGUUAAAGAUCUGAGUCCGAGUUUAACGCGAGUGUCGCGCGAUGUGGACAACAGAGAGAAAGAGCUCACACAUCAGGUCCAUCGGGAGAUAUUGAUCCGAUCAUUAGAUUCGGUUAAGACAUUGGCACCGGUGCUC